AGGCAGGUUGAGUUUUCAGGAUGACAUGCAUCCUGUUUGUCUGCGAGCUCACCUAUGACAGAUCUGUGGAGUCUGACGGGGGAGCCUCGCCUCGUCAUCCAUAAUUUGCUUGUCAUGUCAGACUUCCUCAACUGAGCCGACAACAACAAACUGAUCCACUUGCGUGAGCCGUGACAGGCAGCACGUGGAGUCUGAGCUUAACGCCUCCGUUUGUAGGGAAGCUCAUUGAUGAGAAAACCGUCAGGCGAGUGCAGGACAGACGUUUGAGUCGAAAUAAAAUCUAGAAAGAAAGACUAGAGAGACGUGAGACAGGACAGAAUGCGUGACGUUGAGAUGAACAGCUAAGACUAACUCAAAUACACACACACACACACCAUGAGUAUGCCGUUUGCAGUGAGCUCAGCCUCCCCUACUGCUGAGGACCCGAUCACGCCGCCGCCCAUGACCACACCUCCUCGCAAAGCCUCGGUCCGCCUGCAGGAGAGGCGGGGGUCCAACCUGUCUCUGCUACUGGACGUGAGCAGCCUGGGGGUGGAGCCUGUUUGUUCCGUUACCACCCCAAAGGAGGUGUGGCUUCAGCUGCUACACACCUCCUCGAGAACACUCACGCACACGAUGCUGCAGCAGGCCGCCGUGGACACAAAGACACUGAAUGUAGAGUACCAGAAGAUACCUCCGAACUUUGUGAGCGCUGCAGAGCUUGAUGUGCCAGGACACAUGAUCAAAGACAGAUACAAAACCAUCCUACCCAACACUGAGAGCCGGGUGAUCCUGAGGAGCCCAGAGGAAGAGGCGGGGCCAGACGGCUACAUCAACGCCAACUACAUCAGGGGUUACAAAGGAGCUCCCAGGGCCUACAUCGCCACCCAGGGGCCGAUGCUGCACACUGUGGGGGACUUCUGGGACAUGGUGUGGCAGGAGAGGAGCAGCAUCAUCGUCAUGGUUACCAGACUCAAGGAGAACAACGAGAAAUGCGAGCUGUACUGGCCACAGCCGGGGGAGAGGAGGAAGAGGAGGAGGAGCAGGACGUUGAAGGAGGAGCAGGAGGACGAAGAGGAGCAGAGGGAGGAAGAGGAGGAGGAAGGAGAUACAGGCCAAUUCGGCAGAUUCAUCCUGAGAGUGAGAGACAGCCAAGAGAAAGACGGGUUCACUGUCACUGACCUGGAGAUCCAGCUGUGUGCAGAGCGCCGUCACGUCAGACACUACUGGUUCACCUCUUGGCCCGACCACCACAUCCCACAAUGCACCGCUCCUCUGCUGAGACUGGUCGAGGAGGUGGAGACGUACAGGAGGUCCCUCUUACCGCCCAGCUCUCAGCCAAUCACAGACACCCCUGCCCCAGGUCCUGGACCAGUCAUCGUCCACUGCAGUGCAGGUAUCGGGAGGACAGGUUGUUUUAUAGUCUGCAGUAUUUGCUGUCAGCAGCUCAGAGAAACCGGUCAGGUUGACAUCCUGGAGACGGUGUGUCAGCUUCGACUCGACAGAGGUGGUAUGAUCCAAACCACAGAGCAGUACCAGUUCCUGUACUCCACACUGGCCCAGUACAGCUCCCAGCUACAACACAGCCAGGAGCAGAACCAGCCAGUCACAGUGCCGCAGGACCAGCAGAAUCCAGAGGACCAAGUCAGCACACAGCUGCAGAACCUCCAGCUAGACAACACACAGAAUGGGAAGAACUGAUACAGCACCUGGAGAACCAGUCCACAAGGCCAAGUAGACAGCUAAAGAAAUCUCGGAGACCAACAGAAUGCACAAGAAAUAUUAUUAACAGAACCAGAAAGAUGGAAGCAAGAGAACAUAAAGAGGCAUAACUUAAAGAACUGAUGCACUCACAGAUGGAGAAUUUGGGGAACCAGCAGUAUCAGAACUGUCAGGACCCUAACCCCGAACCCUAAAACAACUGGAUCUUUUGGUCCAGUUCACUGCAUACAGCUAAGAACCCAGAGCGUCAUGUUCAUGCUGGGCUGAAAAUCUCCCUAACCGUUCACAAGGGGCCUGAACCCGGAGAAUCAAAUAGAAAAUAACAAAUGGAUAAUGUAUUUUCCCCAAUUUUAAUCUCAAAUCAAAUCAAAUCAAUUAAAAACAGGAUGAAUCUUUGAUGCGGUCAAAGUGGUUUUGUCUUGUGGCUCGCUUCAUAUGUUUAAAUAAGGACGCAAAUUUUUCUCUUAAAGAUCUAAUAUAUAUAAAGUUUGUUAGAUAUAGAUAUCAAGACAAGAUGAAAAAACUAGCCACACACGUGAUUCUCCGUCCCAUAAUCCCCAGAGCCCUCAAACCCAACCAGUAUGCUCAUACUGGAAUAAUACCCUACCCCAGUUUGCAGUGAGGCAGUUAGUUGGUGAGGAAUAAAUUAAGCACAAAGAAAAAUGCACCAUGUUAGCAUAAUGUGAAGUGAAAUAUUUAAAGGCCCCUGACAAAAACAGGGCCUCAAAAUCAGGUAGAAAUGCUGCAGCCUCUUAUCAUUUCAGGCUUACUGUGUUUUAGCAUACUAACAAGUUUGUAAUCAAAUUUUCACUAAUUGCUUACAGACAGCCUUUUGGGCUGUUGCUUGGUUUGUCCGGUUGAUAAUCCAGCCUUGCCAGACGGGAGUCCUGUACAGUUCCAGUUUGCAGUCUGUAACAUAAUAGAAGACCCAGGACAGGACCAGUACCCCCUGCUGGCCAGUAUAGGUAUAGCACAGCACACACCAGGGUACAGAAGCUAGUUCACCUGGGUCCCCACCUGCUCUGAACAGCUCAUUGGCACAGGAGCACUUACUUUCCUAUUUUACACACAGCUGCAGAAUGUUGUCGUAAUUGAUUGAUUGAAUUACCUUGUAACUGAGCUUUGAGGCAGACCUAAGUGGUCCAAGAAGCAGGUGAACCGGCGACAGGGUCAUGGAGCGCCAAGACUCAUUGACGCACGUGGGGAGCGAAGGCUGGCCCAGCUGUGGGUCAAACAGCUGAAGAAGUUGAUGCUGGUUCUGAUAGAAAGUUUUCAGAACACACAGAGGAGACGCAGUGGAGUCAAGGUGAUAGGUGUAAGUGCAAAAACAUGUGUAUGGUUGCAAAUACUGAUUGUCUUUAUUAGUGCCAAUUUGCCAAGAAAAAAGGUUUAUAAUAAGAGGGGUGUGGGUUUGAAAGAAUGGUUAAAGGUCAUUUUCAGAGGCAACUGUAAAACAGAUGGUUCAACAAAUAAAACUGUGGUUAACU